GUAAUUCACUAAUUCAUAAAUUGUCGUCAUUGUUUUUCUUUGAUAUGAACUUUAUCUUAUAUUACCUGUGAAUAUAAUUUUACCAAAGUUCAGUCUCAGGGGUCUUAUAUUUUAUGUAGGAAAAAAUGUAAAAAUCAAACUGAAGUUUUUCCAGAAAACACUUCAAAAUAAUUUGUUGUUUCACAUUCCUAAUUAUCCAUUUACAGUUAAAUAUAAUAAAGCAUAGGUUCGUUUCCAUGUCAAUAGCUAUAAUGUAAAAAUACUCUUCUUCUAUUAGGUUGUUUACUAUGUCUUUGGCUGAUACAACAGAAACAAAUACAGAUGAACACUUCUCCAGGGUGGCGUUAGCAAACAAUAGGAGGUCUACAGAAUGCAGGAGCAGCCCAGGCACGGGUGAUUUUCCAAGGAACAGUAAUGCUUCUGAUAAGAGUGUUGAUUAUAGCAGAUCUCAGUGUUCCUGCAGUUCAACUUCUCAUUAUGAUUAUUCAGAAGACUUUGUUGCUGAAUGUUCAGGAACAGCUAUUAAUACAAAUUAUUUAGAAAAGCCUGUGGCAAAAGAAAAAAAGGAAAAGAAUAAGUACAAUCUCUCUAAAAUCUCCCAACCUAAAGCUGAAGAAUCAAGGUUUACGUUGCCAAUGAACUGUAAAUACCUGUCUCAGCAUCCCAAGAAGAUGAUCUCCAAGUCUGGCCAGAAGGAAAUCUCAGUUGAAAGAAGGCACAAGUGGAAUGCACUAUUUUUAAGUUCUCAAACCAAUGUGAUUAACCAAAGAAGAGAUGCUCUGACUCGUCGCAUACUCUCAGCAAGGCUUCAUAAGGUUAAAGAGCUAAAAAAUGAGUUAGCUGAUAUACAUCGUAAACUGGAGACCACGGUCAUAGAAAACCAAUUUUUGAAACAACUUCAGCUCAGGCACUUGAAAGCUAUAGGAAAAUAUGAGAAUUCACAAAAUAAUCUACCUCAAAUUGUGGUUAAACAUCAGAAUGAAGUAAAAAACUUACGGCAGCUACUCAGGAAAUCCCAGGAAAAAGAAAGAACUGUAUCUAGGAAACUUAGGGAGACCGACAGUGAACUACUGAAGACUAAGGAUGCCUUGCGUGAACUGCAGAGACUUUCUGAAGACAAAAAUCUUGAGGAGAGAGAAGAACUUUCUCAAAGAUUGUCUAUUCUUACAACAAAAAUGGAGGCAAAUGACAAAAAAAUACAGAGCUUGGAAAAACAACUAGGGUUGAACAACAGAGCCUUUAACCGGCAGUUGGCUAUUGAGAAUCGGAAGACUUUAGCUGCUCAAACAGCUACGAAGGCUCUGCAAGUGGAAGUAAAACACCUUCAACAGAAACUUAAGGAGAAGAAUCGAGAGCUUGAAAUUAACAACAUCUAUACUAAUCGGAUACUUAAAAAUUUACGUGAUGGAGAUUAUCCAAAAGUCUCUUCAACAAAAUCAGUACAAGCAGACAGGAAAAGUUUUUUAUUUACAAGUAUGAGACACCAGGAAACCCAAAUAUCAGAAGAUGUUCCAUCUUUGACAACUAAGGGUAAAAAGACAAUAAUAGGGAACAUUGGUCUUAAAGAAAAAACAACUCCUCACUCUAUGAGUAAACUACCAAGACAAGAGGAAUCCAAGAGGAAACAGGAAGAUGUAUCAAAAGAAGAGGAACAUUUGGAAGUACAGCCACCUCUGGAGAAUACUGGAAAGCAAACAGAGAGAAAAGAGGAUCAAGAGAAGAAAAGUACUCCAGUGAAAGAAGAACAAGAACUGCCACCAAAAAGAACUCAAGUGAUUUGUUCUGAGAAAGAAGGCAAUCAGGAAGCUGAUACAGUGAAAGAAAAGUUUAAAAUAAGUCCACACAUAAAUGACGUGGAUGACAUACCUGAUAAAAAUGCUGCUCUAAUUACCGAAAUACCCUUCAGACAAAGAAAGCAUUAUUCAUUCACAGAAGCCACUGAAAACCUGCACCAAGGGCUCCCUGCGUCUGGCGGGCCAACCAAUACAGGCGCCAUGAGAUGCAGCCACAGCACCAGCAAGCAUCACAAUCACGUCCAAGGGCUGAAGCUAAAACAGUCUCUUAGUGAGUAUGAGCCUCCUUUUGCUAAGUUUCCCAAUACAAAAGCAAAUGAUACAGCUUUCAGGAACAAAAAGAGCUGUGUAAUGGAAGAACUCUUUGGAUCUGGUUGUAUCUUAAAACAUGACCAAACAAGUACCACUGUUAAUAAAGGGGCUGAGGGAACUUUGGAAGGCGAGGUGCAUCGUCUACCUCCUACUCAGGCCUCUGCCAGCAAUGCUUUUGGAGAUUCUAAAGUAACUGUGGUAAAUUCUAUUAAGUCAUCUACCCCUACAGAAGGAAAAAGAAAAAUAUUUAUUUAAAUAUAAUCAAUAUCCUAAUACAUUCUGUUUGGUAGUCUGGUUCUUAUGUACCUUUAGCUUUGUAAUUUAUGUGUGUAUGUGUGUGUUUCUGCAGUACUUAGGUUGACUUUGAAUGAUUAGUUUUGUUAUAUACUGCUAAUCAAAUGCAAAAAAAAUCUAUUGUAUAUUAGUCAAUGAUGACUUUCAAAUACAAAAUUACAUAUUUUUUCCCUGCAACUGAAACAUUUCCAUUAUCUUCCAGAAGACUGAUUUAUAACUUUAAUAUUCUAUGGGUUAGUCAACCCAAGAGACAUUUCAUACAUAUAAGCAAUCAAAAUGCACUGUAACUUCACAUGGAAGCAGCUUUGAAAGAGAACAAUAUGAUCAAAAGACUCUCUUUAAAAAGCAAAAGCAUAGUGAUUACCAAGCUUGGCUUUAUGAAAAUUAAAUAAUAUGAAUGUUAUUCAGCUACUAUCCUGCCUUAGGAGGUUACAUUUUCCUUGUAUUUAUGUAACAUUCAGCAUUUUUUAAAUUUACAGCUGUUGCACACCUAUACCUUAACCUUUUUUCUGUUAACUUUAUUCUUUAAAAAAAAGUGUAUCAGUAUAGUGUCCAUUCAAGGUAGCUGCUCAAUCCUAAUCAACAUAAUCAUUACCCUCAGAAUACUUUAUAUUAGGAGUAUACAAAUAGGGGCUGUACUCCCAAUGUUAGUUACCUUCACUCAGUAUUUCAAAGGGCAACUUAUUUAUAAUUUAGACCAUACUAAUUCCAAACAUGUUUACAGGUUGGUGUGUAUUACACACUUUUAAAAAUUAAGAAUGGUCAAAUAUUAACACACUCUUAAAAAUUAAGAAUGGUCAAAUAAACUUUUAAAAGGGAAAGUAAUUGUGGGAAAAGAGCUGUAUUUAAAACCAAAGUUGAGAUAAAUACUACAAUUGGCAUAAGCUUUGAUCUUUAUGAAAACCACAGUGGGGAUAAAAGAAGAAGAGGGAGGGAUAGAGUGAAAGGUUGGAAUCCCACUCACUAUAGGAGGAGAUAUGCAAAUGUAUGUCAAAUGACAUAAAUGCCUAGUUUAUAGGACAAGUCCAGUGUGCUACCUGCUUUUGCAAAUCGAAAUCUUCCUCAAUUUAUGAUGGAGUUAUGUCCCAAUAAACCCAUGCAUACCCUAGGCUGAAAACUCAUUUAAUGCAUCUAACCCACCAAACAUAGCUUAGCCUAGCCUACCUGAAACACACUCAGAACACUUACAUAAGCCUCCGGUUCGGCAAAAUCAUCUAACACAAAGUCUACUUGAUAAUAAAGUGUUGACUACCUCAUGUAAUUCACUGCAUACUUUACUGUAAGUGAAAAACGGAAUGGUUGCCAGCAGCCUAUGGGUUGUUUACCCUCAUAAUCACAUGCACCUCGCUGCCCAGCAUCACAGGAAAGGAUCAGACCAUGUAUUGCUAACCCAGGAAAAGAUCCAAAUUCAAAAUUCAAAGUAGGGUUUCUACUGAAUGCACAUUGCUUCACACCAUCAUAAAGACAAAAAAGUUACAUCAAGCCACCCAAGGUCAGGGACUGUCUGUAGUGGUUUGUUAACCGCUCUUCUGAUAAACUUUAGGUAGAAAGAAUGUGAUUUGAGAUAAGAGGUUUCAUAUACAAGAAAGUGGUAAAUGUGUAAUUCUGAACAGACAUUACUUUUAUACAAUCAAUCUCUUAACAGAAUUACAGAUAAGUACAGAAGAUACAGCUAAAGUACCAUAUAUAUAUCAAAUAAGUAUAUGACAACAGCAGCACAUACAUUGGAAAGCCUGAAGUUAAAGUGUUAUGAGGCUUAAGCUGAUGAAAAACAAACAUUAACUUUGAGCACUUAAGAACUUUGAAACAGCAGCAGCAGAGGAGCGUGAAAAAACAAAAGAAGGCAAUUGUAAGAUAAUAGAAAAUUUUAUUGGUCUGUGCCCCUGGCACAGGGCUUCUGAAACCCUUCUAAUUUCCUGGGUGACAGGUGUGUCUUUUCUAAUGUGGUGACUGGGUGGCUCCUGGAUGGGGGCCAGUCACCAGAAAGAAUAAGCCAUGAUUAGCUUGACGUUUUCAGCCCCACCCAACAUUCUCUUGAGAAGAGAGGGGCUGAAAACGGAGCUGAUGAUCAAUCAGGACUAUGUGAUAAAGCCUCCAUGAAAUUCCCAUAGCACAGGGCUCAGAGAACUUCUGGCUCGGUCUGCAUGGGUAGGGGCAGGGAGGCGGUACAUCUGGAAAGGGCAAGAAAGCUCUGAGCCCCCUCCCGCAUACCUGCCCCAGACAUCUCUUCCAUCCCAACGCUCAUCUGGAUCCUUGAGCAUACCCUUUUAGAGUAAACUGGUAAAUAGCGAGUGAACUGUUUUCAUGAGCUCUGUGAGUUGCAUUAGCAAAUUGAUCAAGCAUGAGGGGUGCCAUGGGGACUUCUGGUUUACAGUCAGAAGCCCAGGUGACAAUGUGGACUUACAGUUGGUGUCUGAAGUUGGGUGGGAGCAGUCUUGUGGCAUCUGAUGCUAUCUCCAGAUAGACAGUGUCAGAAUUGAGUUAAACUAUUGGAAACCCAGAUGGUGUCACAGAAAAUCGCUUGUUGUCGGGGAAAAACCUCCACUCAUUUGACGACCAGAGGUGUUAGAAGUGAAGUGCUGCGUGUGAGUGUGGUAGUCGAGUGAGACACACAGGAGAAACACAAGAGGAAAGAAGAACUGUUGGUUCUCCUAAAACAGCAGGAAAAGAGGAAACAAAAUAGAACAAAAACACAAAAUAAGAUGACAUAAAUAAAUCCAAAUGUAUCAGUAAUUUCAGUAACUAUGGGCUACAUGUUCCAGUUAAAAGACAAUAUAGAUCAGAUUUUUUAAAUAUAACCAUGUGCUAUUUAUACACCUAUCUAAGCCACUAAGAUACAAAAAGUUAAAGGGCAACAAGGUAAGCCAGGAAAAUACCGUCCAAGUGAAAGUUGGCAUCCUGCUGUAAAUACGUUAAAAAAAAAAGGAAAACCAAUAAAGUGUAUACUCCACCAGGAAGGUAAGAGUUCUGUAUAUGCAUUUAACAAUAACUUGAAAACAUAAAGCAAAAGUUAACAACUACGAGUUGAUAUCAAAGUGGGAGAUUUUUACAUACCUUUCUCAAUAAUGGACAGCUCAGCAAAUAAAAAAGCACCAGUAUAGAAAAAGAUUUGAAAAGACAGCUGGCAACUUUGACCUAAUAGACAAGGCCAUCCCAACAACUCAAAACCUGCAUUUUCCAUCACUUACAUUGCAUUUACAAAAAUUUUAUACUAGUAUGUUUCAAAGUUGAGAAGAAAUGGAUAAAUCUUACACUAAUAUGCCUAAUGUAACUUAAGAAUAUAAAAUGGAAUAACCCUAUAAUUACUAAAGAAACAAAUUAGUAGUUAAAAAUCUUCCAAUAAAAAUAAGAGAAAACCCAGACUUUUACCAGCAAGUCCGUCAUAUAUUUAAAGAAUAAUAUCUUAAUAUGUCCAGAAUAUAAAAAAAGAAAGAACAUUCUUCACCUCAUUUUUUAAGGCUUGCAUAACCUUGAUACCAAAACCAGAUAAAGAAAAAGACAAUAAUGCCCAUACUCAUCACUUCUAUUCAACUUUGUACUGAAGGUUCUAGCCAGAGCAUUAGAUAAGAACAAAAAUCA